GCAGUGACGGCGAAUACUAGGGAAGCAAGAAGAAUACAAUCGACGGCUCACGUCAUCGUCCCUGAGAUCCAAGGCGAUUCACCUGGGUGAUCAAGAAAAAGAGCAUGGAAUAACAAUAAUCAUGAAUAAUAAUAAUGGGACCACUUGAGGUGGUGUACGUACACCCGAAAAGCACAUGAUGCGCCAGUGUAAAGCUGCACCAGAUCGAAAAUAAUUUUUGAAUAAACGAUGGUGAAUCUUUGAUUGCUAUAUGGUUUGGCGGUCGAAAGUUAUUCAAUAAUUUAUGGUAUCAGCCAAUAUAUAGUUCCGACAAAACGAUACUGGACCGACGUGUGUAUAGACGAUGAUUAAAACGGUACUGAGGUCACGUGAAACAUGUACCUACAUUACUCGUAACCGUUAUACCUUAUACACUUAUUUCUUGAUCUCCGACCUUCCAAUACAUGGGGAGACCUUUAAAGAUGGCAUCAAAACAUCAACAUACGUACACCUACCUUAUUAUACAUAAACAUUAACUCGGCUCCACGGUCUACUUUUCUGUUAUCCUAUAAUGUAGGUCUGUCGGGUCUAAUUCGUAUCUCAUCAUCGUACACCGGCCGUUACGGAUUAAAUACUUUACAAUAUUAAAUAUACUUUGCAUGGAAAAAAGUACAACAAUAAUGCGCGAAUUGGGUUCAUUUCGUUUUUUUCACAGUAUUUGGCGAAAGUUUCAGUAGAUUGGAAUUACUAACAUGGUUAUAGUUUUUUUUUUCUUGUUGUCACCGUCAAUUAGCGGUUAACGAAAGUAUAUGAUAUCGAAUUUCGUUGACCUAUUUUUGAAUAGGUUCCGCGUGUUUACUACUCGUUAAUUUUUGGUUCGCAGACACCGGAGAUGAUGCGGGGUGAUCGAACAGGAUAGUGACGUUAUAAAAUGCUUGCAAAAUUCUCGUUGUACUUUGAGAGCCAGGAGAGUUUUACUUGCGCUGACGAGGUCGUAUACCCGUACCGUUAUGAGACUCAUGAUUCGUCUCGCAAUUCACCGGAACAACGGAUGAAUCAUCAACGUUGAUUCAUUUAUGGUUCCUCCUCCGCGAGUUACGCUGUGCCGAACACGCGAUUUAUGAUGUUUAACACUUUUGUUAAUGUAGUAGAGAAAUUUGUUGUCUCUUAUCAACCCGUAUCUGAAUAGAUACUGUAUCUGAAUCAGCUGUGUAAUAUAUGCUGUAAUUAUAUACUCGAGGUCUAUUCAAAGUCAGUUAAUUGCAUAAAUCGAGAUGAUUAUUUCAGGCUGGAGACGAUGUAAAUGUUAACAAAAUUUUACUUUGUUUAUAUCCAGUUGUGUUACGUAUUGACUGCAUGUGUGCAGCUGAUAAAAUGCCUUUUACGACCGUCUGCUGGUAAUUCAAUUAUUAUACAUGAGCUAGUUUCUCUUUCUCUCUCUCUGAAUGACACUGGAUCCGGAAAAAAUUUCAGCUCGAAAACUAGGUACUCGUAGAAAAAACGAAAAAGUGAUACCGCGCCGAGUAUGAAGUGUAGGAAUUUACAGACGAGAUAAAAAUAGAUUCGCUGUGUGAGCUAGGAUAUUAUACCGUAGCCGCAUGAAUUUUCCUAUAUAUUUUAUCGUAAACUUGCGUCACGGUAAUAUUAGAAAGACCCAAUAUGAUGUGCGUUCAGAGAAUUUGGUCGAUAACGCAAGUAUAUUAAUUUUUAUUUUUGUGCCCGCAUCUAAUUUGUUUAUUUUUAUUUAUUUUAAGGUCACCGUCUCCAGAUUUCCCAAACUACAUAGCAUGAGAAACUCAACAUUCUGCUCCUAUUUUAGGGCAGCGUGAGCAAACAAAGGGGAUCUGGAAGAUGUAUACGCAUCGUAGUUCCGGAAAAUCCAAGGGCGGAUCGUUAAUGCGGUAAAAAAUACUACGAUUUGUCAAAAUGAAACGCACCCCUUCGUAGUAAAACAUUAAGCGGCGUCAGGCUGGCGCCACAACCAUCGGUUCGACCCUGCAGAUAUUGACUUUGCCCAAAAGUGUGUCAAGCAAACCGAGUCGAAGGACACACAUCUCAUCCUGCAGGAGGAUCACAACAUCCUACGUUCAAGGAAUGGAAAUUAGACGAUGACAAAAAGAUUCAUGGAUCACAAGGCGUGGCUAGACGUGUGCGGGCGUGCUCUGCACACGCCAUUAUAACUACAUUUUGACGAAUUCUGAAACCAUCAUCGUGCCUAUUACGCAGCAUCUCAUAAUGGAAAAGCGUGCACCUGAUGCUCGUCAGAAAUUAUGAUCAUCUGAUUGAAACUAGAGACCAGCCCGGCUGCUUCCACUAGCGGACUUUUUGAUCGUGAUCGUUAGCUUCUAAGCAUAAUAUGCAGCCACCGUCCCCGGGACCUGGUUGGCUGACUGGUUUCCCGACUGGUUACCGGAGUAGAUUUCAUAACUCAAUUUUUCCGAACAUCCAUUCGUACGGAAAUAGGAUGAGGCUGAAAGAUUUUAACUGGAAAUAUGCGAAUGUAAUACGGGUGAAAUUUUUUGCCGUUUCAACUUCUCGAAUUGAAAAAAUGACGAUUGUUUCGCACGACCAUCCGAUCGGAGCAGUUGAAGCUCGGACGGGUCAUCAACGCCUAUUGACAGAUAGCCUGCGACGACUCGUACGGCAAAAGAAAGAUUCUCCCAGUGGUGCAGCCCGUUCACUACUUCCUCUUCGAUCUUCUUCCUGUUACAUUCCUCCUCUUCUGGUUCUCUUCUACUAGUGUAUACUUACACAUGAAAUGAUAGGAGUGAGGAACUACGAGGAGGCAAAGGACGAUCUAUGGUAUACCUAUAACGUGGUACGGGGGGACAGUAACCGACAAGGACUUUUAGAGUCAAUAACGAGUACUGAAAACAGUGCAGAUUGUCCCGGAGUAUGCAUGCACGCAUUCGCAACUUUGAUUUGUUACGAAGUACUCGAAGAUGUGCAGUGUCCAUCAGCGAGUAUGCGAUGCUGCGUUGAAGCAGCAAACAACACCAUACCUGCUGAUAGUUCGAAUAACGAGGGCAGUCAAAAUGGUACAACAAAUACCGAACACAAAAUUGUUACAGUUACAGUCGCACCUACAACAGUAUCGACGACUACUAUGAGUACAACUACCACAGUGAAAGCGACAACUGUAAAGCAGAAAGGACAGGAUAAGCAAGCGAACGGCAAAACUUGCUCCGGAAUCUGUGUAGCAGAACGUAUCGCUGAGUACUGCGAGGCCGUAUUAGCAGUUGAUGGACUGUGUAAAGAAGGAUUACGUUGUUGCGUGUCUAGAGACAUAUACGGUGACACUCCUCCUCCAGAAUUGAUAGUCAUUGAUAGAAAUACAACACGAAAAGCUGUGACCUCACAGGACAAAACCACUCAGAUGACCACCUUCUCAGCAACUACUCUCAGCUCAACUGCUGCUCCAAGUACAAGUAUCGCAACAACGACUCAAAGAUCAAAGCCUUUGGCACAAAAACCGUGCAAAGGAGAAUGUGUCACAGGAUUGUUCGCUCUUUUCUGUGACAACAUCGACAGCGAAGCGGAUUGUCCAAGCGAUGGUAGCUGCUGCAUUACUGAUGCACCAGAGAAAUUGCCGGAAAGUACUACUACUACAACUCCACGUCCUUCCACUAGAGCUCCACCAUCCAAGCUGCCUCGAUGUCCAGGAUUUUGUUUGCUCAACAUCAUGGCAGCCUUCUGUGAGCGUCCAAACGUUCUUGUCGCUAAGACAUCUACUUGCGCAUCAGGCUCGAUCUGUUGCGAUAAUACAAGAAACCCACCCCAGCGUAAUAAGCCUCGGCCAACACCGCCGAGACCAACUACGACUAUGGCUCCUUUGCCACCAGAUCCACGUCCAGAAUGUCCAGGCUCCUGUAUUGUUUCAUACUUGUCAUUCACAUGUUUCAGAAACGCUGAAAUGACGGAUCUCUUCAAGUGCAAGAAAUUGGGACAUCAAUGUUGUGCUCCGAAAUCAAUUAUCAGGGAACUGCAAGGAGGGAAUUCGAGUCAACAAGCAGCUUCGAAUAGAAAUGACACAGUAUUCACACCGAAUGCUACUUUGAGACCAUAUACACAGUUGAUAUCAAGCCCAAGUUAUGAAACAACUACGAUAUCAACAACCACACGACCACCUGUGUACAGUAAAUAUGUCUGUGGUGUCAAAGGAACGUCUCGAGGGCCAAUACAAGCCCGAAGUGAUGUGAGAGAAGGUCGAGUUGUUGGCGGAGAGGACGCGGAUGCUAACGAAUGGUGCUGGCAAGUGGCUCUCAUCAAUUCCCUUAAUCAAUACCUUUGCGGAGGAGCAUUGAUUGGAACUCAGUGGGUUCUCACUGCGGCACAUUGUGUCACUAACAUUGUUCGGUCAGGAGACGCGAUAUAUGUGAGGGUAGGUGAUCAUGAUCUUACCCGCAAGUAUGGCAGUCCUGGCGCUCAAACUUUACGAGUUGCGACCACAUAUAUCCAUCACAAUCAUAAUAGUCAGACUCUUGACAAUGACAUAGCACUUCUAAAACUACAUGGGCAGGCUGAAUUGAGGGAAGGUGUAUGUUUGGUAUGUUUACCAGCUAGAGGAGUCAGUCACACUGCUGGAAAAAGAUGUACAGUUACUGGUUAUGGGUACAUGGGAGAAGCAGGCCCUAUACCACUGAGAGUACGAGAAGCAGAAAUACCGAUAGUCAGCGACGCUGAAUGCAUCAGAAAGGUGAAUGCGGUAACUGAGAAGAUAUUCAUUCUGCCAGCCAGUAGUUUCUGUGCAGGAGGUGAACAAGGCAAUGAUGCGUGUCAAGGGGAUGGCGGAGGCCCACUGGUCUGUCAAGAUGACGGUUUUUACGAACUAGCCGGAUUAGUAUCGUGGGGUUUCGGAUGUGGCCGUAUAGAUGUACCUGGUGUUUACGUGAAGGUUUCAGCUUUCAUUGGAUGGAUAAAUCAGAUUAUUUCCGUAAAUAAUCUCUAGGUCCUCUUCACUGUAUUUAAUACGAACUAUUUAUUUGCGUGCACAUUUAUCUCAUUUUGAUAUUUCGUAAUUGGAAACCGAGUUGGAAACCAAUGAGCACCAUAGGUAUAUCAAAGUGCUUAAUUCAAGCAAUAGUUCUUUCAUUAACUUCACGAGAAUCACAGAAUCUGCUCUCAAAUCGCGACGAUAGUGAGCUCUAGGAUUAUUUCUUCGUGGUUUUUAUAGAGGCAUCUUCUUAUUUUUAGACGAUUACAAAUCUAGAAUGAAUAGAAUUCAAUGCUCAUUAUUCAACAUUCCAAAUGGUCUUUAGUCGAAGUAAAUUAACAACUCAGUUACAAACCAUUUGUAAUAAUAAUUUAUCUCGAUGUGUUUACUGUAAAACUUAGAUGAACAACUUAUAAAUUCUACAAGUGAAUCACCCAAUUGGUGCAAAUGAUGACUAAUAACGUCGUAUAUUUUUUUAUUGAUUUAUUAUUCGUUUAAAAAAAAAUAUGCUCAAUGUAAAUCAGUCGGAUCAAAUUUUUUUUUCCAUCCGUUUGCCACCUGAUAAUCAAAGUUAUCGUAAUGUACCUUUUCUGUAUAUUCUUUGAGGAUGUGCUCAGAAAACAUUUCUUCUUCAUUCGAAUGUCAUGAUGAAUCAUGUAAUCUUUCUGUGCGUUCAAAGAAUAACGACGAGGAGCUUGGACAUUACGGAUGUUAAUUAUGUUUGGUUUAUAAAUCGAACCACUUGUGCAUGACCAUGUCUUCUUUGUCUUCUAGUUUGAAAUUAGGUGAGGGUGACAAAGAUAACAAAUGUACUAUGUUAAAUUAUAUACAUAUGUUUAUAAACCAGUCAUUAUUCUUGUAAGACAAUUUUUUUUUCUCUUCUUUUAUUUUUUUUUAAUUCAUCAGAAGAUUGUUCGAGCUAUGAAAAAAAUAUAUAAUUAUUUUCUUGCUUUGUAAAUUAAUGCAUCACUCAUUAUUAAUAUUUUUCAUUUCAUCGAUACAUUAAGGUUUUUUUUUUUUCAUUUAUUCCGCGAUUCUUUAGUAUUAAGUUGCAAAUAUAAAU